GAGACGCAGAACAGACGGGGUUAAACCAAAUCACAAGCAGGACACCCAGCCCUGCCCCCAGGAGGGCUCCCCAAGCCGGUGGUGCCCUGCAGCACCUGUGCGUAGAGAGCCGCGCAAGAGCCAGACAGUGGAGGGGAGUGGGUGGUGCAGGGCAGACGGCGGUAUAUCCAGUCUGACAGAGGGCGGGUCUCCUCAGAGCCAGGCGAGGGAGGAGGCAGCAAGCAGCAGCUGCCCGAAGCAGGUACGUCGUCGGGAUCCUCUAUGGGCAUAGGGAGCCGCUGAGAGCGACACAAAGCACCAGCUCGCGCCCUCCGCUGCCACUUCACCUCCAAACAAACACCUUCUUGCCGGUCUCUCGCCACGCCUAGACCCGCGCCUCCAGCCACCAUGACCCUGAACCACUCUCCACUCAAGACCGCCCUGGCCUAUGAGUGCUUCCAGGACCAGGACAACUCCACGCUGGCUUUGCCGUCGGAUCAGAAGAUGAAGACCGGCACAUCGGGCAACCAGCGGGUGCAGGAGCAGGUGAUGAUGACGGUCAAGCGGCAGAAGCCCAAGUCCUCUCAAUCCUCCACCUUGACCCACUCCAACCGAGGUUCCAUGUAUGAUGGUUUGACUGACAAUUACAACUAUGGGACCACCAGCCGGAGUUCCUAUUACUCCAAAUUCCAGGCAGGCAAUGGCUCCUGGGGAUAUCCGAUCUACAAUGGGACCCUCAAGAGAGACACAGAUAAUAGACGCUUCAGCUCCUACAGUCAGAUGGAGAACUGGAACCGUCAGUACAACCGAGGCAACUGUAACACCAUUGGCCCUGGCAGUGACAUCUGCUUCAUGCAGAACAUCAAGGCCAGUCGGAGUGAGCCAGACCUGUACUGCGACCCCCGGGGGACUCUGCGCAAGGGCUCCGCAAGCACCAAGAACUACAAAACCACCCAGAAUCGCUAUAGCUUUUACAGCACCUGCAGCGGCCAGAAGCCUGUGAAGAAGUGCCCAGGGCACCCUCCUUCCUGCACAUCCAAGCAGGAUCCUGUCUACGUUCCACCUAUCUCCUGCAAUAAGGACCUCUCCUUCGGCCACUCAAGGGCCAGCUCCAAGAUCUGCAGUGAAGACAUAGAGUGCAGUGGCUUGACUAUCCCCAAGGCUGUGCAGUUCCUGAGCUCUCAGGAUGAGAAGUAUCAAGCUAUUGGGGCCUAUUACAUCCAGCACACCUGUUUCCAGGAUGAAUCUGCCAAGCAACAGGUAUACCAGUUGGGAGGAAUAUGCAAACUGGUGGCUAUCCUCCGGAGCCCCAAUCAAAAUGUGCAGCAAGCUGCAGCUGGAGCCCUCCGCAACCUGGUCUUCAGAAGUUCCACUAACAAGCUUGAGACCAGGAGACAGAACGGGAUUCCAGAGGCUGUGAACCUCCUGAGGAGGACUGGGAGCACUGAGAUCCAGAAGCAGCUCACUGGACUGCUCUGGAACCUGUCUUCCACUGAUGAGCUGAAGCAAGAACUCAUUAAUGAAGCCCUCCCUGUUUUGACUGAUCGGGUUAUCAUCCCCUUCUCUGGCUGGUGUGAUGGCAAUAGCAACAUGUCCAGGGAAACAGUGGACCCGGAAGUUUUCUUCAAUGCCACUGGCUGUUUGAGGAACCUGAGCUCAGCUGAUGCUGGACGCCAGACUAUGCGUAACUACCCAGGGCUGAUUGAUUCCCUCAUAGCUUACGUCCAGAACUGUGUGGCAGCCAGUCGCUGUGAUGACAAGUCUGUGGAGAACUGCAUGUGUAUCCUGCAUAAUCUGUCUUACCGACUGGAUGCCGAAGUGCCCACCCGUUAUAGCCAGCUGGAGUAUAACACCCGCAAUACCUUUACUGACAAGUCCUCCACAGGCUGCUUCAGCAACAGGAAUGAAAAGAUGAUGAAUAACAAUUAUGACCUACCUUUGCCUGAGGAGGAGACCAAACCCAAGGGAAGUAACUGGCUUUACCAUUCUGAUGCCAUCCGCACUUACCUGAACCUCAUGGGCAAGAGCAAGAAAGAUGCCACCCUGGAGGCUUGUGCUGGUGCCCUGCAGAACCUCACUGCUAGCAAAGGACUGAUGUCCAGUGGCAUGAGCCAAUUGAUUGGGCUGAAGGAAAAAGGUUUACCUCAAAUUGCCCGCCUUCUUCAAUCAAGUAACUCCGAUGUGGUCAGGUCUGGAGCCUCCCUCCUGAGUAACAUGUCUCGACAUCCUGUGCUGCACAAAGUGAUGGGGAACCAGAUAUUCCCAGAAAUGACUCGUCUCCUCUCUAGCCAGACGGGCAACACCAGCAACUCAGGGGACAUCAUGUCAUCUGCUUGCUACACCAUGAGGAACCUGAUGACCUCAUUGCCCCAGAUGGCAAAGCAGCACUUCACCAGCAGCAUGAUAAACAAUGUGGUCAACAUGUGCCGAAGCGGAUUCACUCUUUAUGUUCCGUCAUGGUUGACAUUAUUGAUGUUUCUCUCCCUACAGCAAGGUUUCGAUAGGAAUAUGCUGGGAUCCUUAACUGGGACCAAUGUCCUAAGGAACUUCAGCUCCCGAUUCUAAGAGGAAGACGUCAUCAUAUAUUGAACUUGCAGAAAUGCAUUGACCCAACCAAGAAGACUGUAGGUCUUGCCAGAUGGGUUGGUCUGUCCACCCUUUGCAGUAUUUGGAAAAGUUAAAACUCAUUGAGAGCAAAAUCUGAAAACUGUGGACAACGGAGUUAUUUUUAAACAACCUUUUUUUCCCACCUUGGGGUUAUAGGCAAGGGAUUUGGGGGGUGGGAUGGGGUAGAAGUGGGAGGGAGCUUUCCUGAGUUAAAGGGGCUUUUAUCUGAUGUCAAUAAUUCUUUCUUCAAAAGAUGGUAUAUAUAUAUAAAUAUAAAUAUAUAUGUAAUGUAUGAUUGUAUGUGUGUGCAUGCAUGUUCGUGUAUGUAUGUAUGUGUGCCUGAAAGUGUGAGCAGAAAGAGAAGAUAGGUACCCAUUUUUACUACUGUGUGUAAAAGAUGGUGAAAAGGAUGCUUCUCUGUCUCACUUAUAGACAGAUAUAAAAUGUAAUACUUUUGUGUUAGCUGUCUAUUAGCUUCUAAAAUGCAUUAAUAUUGGGCAGAAAAUUUGUUCCACUUUUCCCUGCCUCCAUCAUAAUCAGAUCUGCAGGUUUCUGAAGCAAGCCAUGGGAGGAGGAGGCCCAGAUCAGAGCUCCAUGUCUGGCCAGGCAGUCCAUUGCUUGACUUUGUCCCAGAUGACUGAGGGAAGCCACUCACCACCUCAAGAGGAUGCUUUGGAUGGAGGGAGUUUAACUUCAACCUUUAUCAUGGAAAGACCAGACAAUGAACUAUUUCCUGAAAUUAUCUAUAUCUGACACCUCCA